CUCUCUCUCUCUCUCUCUCUCAAAUUUUAGGGUUUCGGGUUCAUGUUUUGCGGUUCCUUCUCACUGAUUCAUUCAUGUACGAUGGAUUUCAGAAGGGGAAUUUCAGAGGCCAUGGUUCCUGUUCUGCCCAAGCUCUCUACAGGCCAGGGAUACUACACUGUUGAGUCCCUUACAGGAGGGUUUCUACCAACCAAUAUGGGGGCUAGACUGGAUUUAGGUCCAAGACACUUGCCUGCUCAGACUGCAGGCAUAACCAGAAUUCAGCCCCCAUUAACCUCUCCUGAGCUGAUGUACAUCCCCUCUGCUAGACUGCCAAACCCAAGCAUGGCUAUACCUCAUCGAAUUCCUCAUGAGCUCAAUUGGCCAUCUAGGGCUACGAACUCUAUAUUGGCUGAAAGAGAGCUUGCCCAUAAGACGAUUAGGGAAGAUAUUCUUGCGAUGGAAUUAGCUCGCGAGAGGAUGCAUGAGGAAGCCAUUCAAAGGAAAAUGUCGAUUUCAGAGCAUGGUGGGAUGGAAAGAGGGCAGUUAGGUCUUAUUGCUGAUGUUGGACAGCGGCCAUUGCCCUUCGUGGGUGUGCCUUCAAGGCCCAAUCUCACCGGCAUAAAGAGAGGUAGAGAGCCUACUGCUGUGAGCGAAUCACUCACAAAGCAAGUGGCUAAGCAGCCACCGCCAUCACAGAGGCCAUGGUGCACCACAUGCGAGGUCCACUGUGUGACCAUGGAGCACCUGAAGCAACACAAGGCAGGCAAGAAGCACAAAGAGAAACUCGAAGAGAUGAAGGAGCUCAAAAGGAGGGGAAUGGGAGCUGGAGCUCUUUGGUGCAAGAAGUGUGGGGUACCCUGCAGCAAUAAGGUCGCCAUGGAACAGCAUCUUAGUGGAAAGAGGCAUAUUGCUCGGAUCCAAGAACUCAAGGCGCAGAGAGAGAAUGAAUCUAAGAUAGACCACAGUGUUAGGCUAACUGAUUUGUCAGUUUCUGGAGAAGAGUCACUCGAAAUGUUGGAUUCCCACAAAAAGUUGCCAGAAGGCGCCAAGAACAAUCAUAAUCAUCAAGAUCAUAACUUGCGAGAAUCUAAGAAAAGGAGGAUGCUUGAGAAAAUGGAGUUGAAGAAGAAUAUGGAUCCAAGGAUGGUCAAGAAGGAGAUGAUGAAGAAGACGAAUCAGAAGAUAAGGUUGAAGAAGAAGAUUUUAGAGAAUGGUCAAGGCAAUUAAGGUUGGUGGAAGAAGAUCGUGUGCGCACAAAAUGUUGUGAUUAUGUGCUCGAUUCAAUGAAUGCAGAUUGUCUAUUUGAUAGAUGGUCGAAUCGAAGCUUUUAGGAGCUUCUUUUUUUUCUGAGAAAAUAUCAUUACAUGGUGAAACCAACUUUAAGAAUCACUAGGGUGGUCAAAUCAAUGAACUCAUUGACAAAGAAUGCAAUUGAGGAUGAAGAAUGGGAUAUGGGUGAGAAUGGUUAAAGAUGAAAGAAAGGAUUGAGUAUGAAUGCACCAUUAACUCAUAAUGAUUAUUUUGAUUCUUGUGAAUGGUGUAUAUGUCUCUUCUAUAUUAUUAAGCUGCUGGUAAGGAAUGGAAGUUGCAGUUUAGGGAUGGACACAUAAUAAUUCUUUUUGUUGGAUAUUUAUGUGGAGAAAAAGUUUA